CAACAACAAAAACAACGUGACGUUUUUAGUCUUUUUAGUCUGACCACUUCCGCCCUGUUCAUUCAACGCAUGUUUUUUCUGAGCAGCUGUGUUUAUCAGAAGUCAGUAUGAACCAGGAGAAAUUGGCUAAACUUCAAGCCCAGGUCCGGAUAGGGGGCAAGGGAACAGCACGCAGGAAGAAGAAGGUGGUGCACAGAACAGCAACAGCUGAUGACAAGAAACUUCAAAGUUCGUUAAAGAAGCUUGCGGUCAAUAACAUAGCCGGCAUUGAAGAGGUGAAUAUGAUUAAAGAUGACGGCACAGUCAUUCACUUCAAUAACCCCAAAGUGCAGGCGUCUCUGUCUGCCAACACGUUCGCCAUCACAGGCCACGCAGAGACCAAACAGCUUACGGAAAUGCUCCCGGGAAUCCUCAGUCAGCUCGGCGCUGACAGUCUCACAAGUCUGCGCAAACUCGCCGAGCAGUUUCCCAGACAGGUUUUGGACAACAAAGCUCCGAAAGCAGAAGACAUCGAUGAAGAAGAUGAUGAUGUCCCAGAUCUCGUAGAGAACUUCGACGAGGCAUCAAAGAACGAGGCAAACUGAGCAUCGGACCUCCAAUAACAUCUGUUCAGGACAGAGUCUCCUGCAGUAUUUUUAAAUUAGAGUGACAGACAUAUCAUUUCAACACUAUUCAGUGAAACGAGACUUUUAUAUGGUAAAUUGGCUGUUCCAGAUCCAUUCCUGACCUUUCUCCUGCAUUUAUACAGAAAGGCAGAUGGUUAAUCAAAUGCUCAGUGAUUCUAAAUCUUAUCAUGUUGCUAGUUUUGACGACGAUGGCUAUAAAAAUAAGUCUUAAUUCUUUUUUUUUUCUGUUAAUUAAAUAAAAAUAAAGCUCAUAAAACUUUUCUAUAUGUUGCUAUGCUUUUUCUCUAGAUGCUUAAAAUUUUUUGUCAUGGGGUCUGUAGUAUCAUUAGGCAUAUUCUCAUUAUUAUUAUUACAAGAGUAAAAUGCGGUGUCCCUUUGAAAUGUUUCAAAUGCUAACUAGGUUACACCAAAACAUGCCAAAAUUCUUGUACAGUUGAUUAAUAAUAUCCUCAUUUUUGUUUUUACUUUUGCUGUAUAACAGCUACCUAGAAACUUUGUUAAAGAUGUCAGCAAAGUCAUAAAUAAAGACAGUCAAUGAUCA